GGUACAUCGUAAAUUGGUGAAGUCCUACGACAAUGCUCGACCAGUGCCCUUCAUUUGUUUAUUUUCCGCUCAAACAGCGGCUAACCCCAAGCUUCAAAACCCCACUGCAUCCCGCCUCGACAAUGAAGUUGCUUGCAUCAGAGCUUUGUAGAGUCAUAUCCUAUUGUCUGCAGGGUGCAGACACGUUUUUUCUUCUUCCUUUUCCUUUGUAGUCUUUCACUGUCCUUGUCUUUCUCCUGUUCGUCGAUCUUUUUCUUUCUUAUCUGUGCUUGCAUUCCCACAUCUCCACACAUUUCCUUUCAAUCAUUGUCACUUAUUGUUGUCAAUCUUGUGCUUGAAGCGAGUGCUGGUCAUUAACGAUCGCUUGAUCGAUCCGAUUUUUCCCUCUUCUUCUCUUCUCUAGUUCUGGUAACAUUUUUGAAUCAUGUCUAUCAUUUUCACAUAUUUGCUGCUGGCAGCUUAUUGUAGCACGACAUUGGGAGGGCCGGUGCCUAGGUAUUAUCGGCGGUUACAAUCAUCACCAUUCUUGAACACCACCUCGUCGAUUGUACCCACCACUACUUCACAAUCUAUCUCUCAGCCCUCGACAACACUCGAAGACCUCGUGUACUCCAUUGAGAUAAUCCCGCAAUCAAGCAUCAUCACCAUCACCACCACCACUCACAACACUGCCGGCGCCUCCACCCCAUCUCCAACAUCCAUCAACGCCGAAUCCGCCGGCCUCGUCAUCACGCCAAUCGAGCAAAGCAAGUUCACUACCAUCCAGGAGGCCGAGACGUUCUUCGACCUCAAGUCGAACCCCCAGACCUUCCCGGCCGAGACGCUCGUGUCGACGUUCUACUUCACCAAAGAGCCUUCCCCUGCUCCCGCCCCCACCCCUGAAGUCACUUCCUCCGUGCCAUCGAGUGCCUCGUCGUCGAGUGUUCUCGCCAGUGAGACGCUGGGGGUCGCCAGCUCUGAGGCGUCGUCCAGUGUCCCCGAGUCCACGUCCACCAUAGUAGCAGACGCUCCGUCAAGCCCAGUAGCAUCGUCAUCGUCAUCACCAUCAUCGUCCAGUGCAGCAGCAGCAGUUCCAACAACCACACGCCUACCGCAAUUCACCUACUCGCCGCAAGAAAGCACUCCCGCAGCACCAGCGACAUCGUCAACAUGCACAAAGUCAUCGUCAAGCCCCAUCCAGACCGCAUCCUCGCUUGCCCCCGAAGCCACGUUAGCCAGCUCCGCUGCAACGACCGCGAAAGCCCCCCCUGGCACGACGUCCACGAUGGGCGGAUUCCUGUUCAACCCGUCCCCGCGACCGUCCUCGGCAGCGGCGUCCGCAGCGCCCACGCAGGAAGCGCCAGGAAACUCCAGCGCUGAGCAACCAGGUACUUCCACCGUCCAACAGGCUCCAGUGCCAUCCGAGCCGCCGAGAACGAGCGUUGUGGUAAUCACAACGACGGAGUACACAACCAUCUACCCCACCCUCUCUCUCUCCUCCGCCGCCGUUGCUGAACCAUCACAGCAACCCGCAAGCCCUCAACCUCAGGACCCAGCACCCUCAUCUGCUGCCGCACCGGUACAAGAAGCACCCUCAUCCGCCCCAGCGCCAGUGCAAGAAGCGCCACCGACCUCCCUACAAGUCCCCCCCGUCGUCAUAAUAACACAGACUGAAUACACGACCGUGACGCCUGAGCCCUCCUCACCUGCCCCGUCAUCGAGCUCGGCGGCUGCCGUGGAACCCUCGCCCGCACCUGCGCCUCCAGUGUCGUCGUCGCCAGCCGCACCAUCAGAGCCUCAGACACAGCCAACGCCUGAGCCCACACCAGCACCACCAGCAGCAGAGCCAUCAAGUCCCGCGCCGCCGCCAGCACCUCCGGCACCGACGUCCACCAACGAACCUGCUCCUCCUGCGCCAACGACGGAGGUCCCACCGCCAACGACGACGACGACAGACGAGGGACCACUGAUCGUGACGCCGAUUCCUGUCGUCACGGUCACGGAGGUGGUGACGACGACGGAGAAGGAGACGGUUACUGCUACUGUUACUGUUGCGGGGUGAGGAACGAAGGGAAAACGUGAUAUCCAAAUACUUAUAGGUGGUUGAGACCCUGGUUUGGAUGAAGAGGAUGGGGAUGUAAUAUUUAAUUUGCCUUUUUUUGUAGAUAAGAUAACUAGUGAGAAUACUUUUCAAUUACUUGGUUUAUAAUUCAAUUUUGAUGAAGUGUGAUUUGUGGGUUGAGAAAAUGGAUGAUGAUGGUUUGUGAGAAAGAGGAGGAGCGUGGUAGAUGAAAGGGAUGCUUGUGUGUGUGGAGUUGGUGGGUGGAGUGUGUGAUAGGGAAUGGUACUGUUGUGCUUUUAGUGAUGCUGCCUCGG